AUGAAAGGGAAGAAUGAUGAUCUACCCUUAGAGGUUGUCCCUGAGAAGGAAGUGACUGAGAAGGAAAACAAGGUAAAGAAGGGUGUGAAUAAUAACAAUGAAAAAUCAGUUUGUGCAUGUUCUAAUAGUAAAAAAGAAAGUAACAAGGAGGAAGAGUAUGGGAACAAAGAAAAGGUUAAAAAAUUUGAAUCAGAGGAUUUGAAGGUUGGUCCUAUCAUCCAGGGUAAAGUUGAUCAGUUUUCCUAUGAUGAUGCUUCAACUUCAUCUAAUAAUAAGGAAAAUGAGGAAGACUUUAACGAAGCGCAGGACUGUAAUAUUUUGGAUAACGAAAACAAGAGGUUGUCGGUGUCACCGGGGAAAGGAAAGAGGAAGAUUGAGGAAGGUGGGCGUAGCAAGGAUGAGGUGACACAGAGCAAAAAGGGUAAAAAAGCCACUAUGGAGAAAAUUCAAGAGGACAUGGGUAAACAAAAGGAUACAGAGGUUGAUUCUGAGGACAUGGGAAAAGAUGAAAGCAAGAUGGAGACUGAUGAGUCCGACGGAGAGGAGAGCUGGAAAGAAGAGGAAGACAAUCAGAUUAAUAAGGAGGAAAGGGAAAUGGAAACUGAGCAGGAGAAGGAUAAGCAUAAAACGAGCAGGGAUCAAGAUAAAGUUGGAGAUGGGAUUAUUCUGGAUAAACUCAAAACCUAG